UUUACUACUGUGAUUUUCUAGUGAUUCAAUUUCGUUCGUGUUUUGAUAUUUAAAAAUAUUCGUUGUAAAAAUGUUUUUACAUUUCGAUUGGAUACGUUUAUUUUACUUUAUUAUAUUUUUCAUUUUUGAUAUAAAAGCGAAAAUAGUUUAUAAUACAUUGAAGGAAGAAAUAACAAAGGCGACGGUGCAUCAGCCGAUCGUUAUCGAUAAAACAUGUCUCUUAAAACCAGACAUUGGUCCAUGUCGAUCUGAAAUCCCCAUGUACUAUUACGAACCAUCUGAUCGAAAUUGUUCCGUAUUUCUAUGGGGAGGAUGCCAAGGAAAUGGAAACAGAUUUGAUACUAAUAGAGACUGCUUGACGACAUGUCUAAGCCAAUCCGGUCAAUCCAACAAAAGACCAAAAUGGUGCAGUUUGUCUUUUGACUAUGGGUUCUGCUUUGGCGCAAUUGGGAGAUGGUAUUACGAUCCACUUUGGAAGGUCUGUAAGAAAAGAUUAUACUCUGGUUGCGGUGGAAACAAGAAUAAUUUCUACAAUAAAGAACAGUGCGAUGCAACAUGCAAAUUCGCCACUGGGUUUAUAAAACCUCCAGCAAAAAAUAGAGACGGCCUUAAGAAAGUUCUAAUUGUAAACCCUUGGAAUGCAACGACGAAGAAAGGACGAAAUCAAACAUCAAACAAAAUUGUUGCAAAACCAUCAAAUCCUAAAAAUCCAUAAAAACAAUUAUAACAGUUAUGUAAAAUGUCAAGUCGAGUCUUACUUUAAACAAAUGAUAAAGCGAUUUUAUAUCAAUGUACAGGGAAACGUUUGUUUGUCUGUUACUGUUUGUCAUUAAAAUACUCAAGUGAUUUUGAGUCUCUCAAAGAAAUAAAGUGUUGAAUAAACAUACCUUAUGUUGUAAAUCUCAUCAAACGUCUCUGACGUUUUUAAGAAUUUUUGAUAUUUAAGUAAAACAAUUUUCAUUACUAAAAAUAUAUUGUAUUAAUUUAAAAAAAUAUUAUUUACUAACAUUAUACCAGUUCUUCAUAAAAACAGACGUAGUUUUUAAGUUCUAUUUUAAUAUAUUUUGAUUUAUAAAUAACAUGUAAUAACACAAUUAAAA